AUGUGAGGGAGGUGUGUGUAUGAUCUCAGCGCCGUCUCGUAACAUUGCAUAUUAAACCAUCUGCGCUUUUGCGGGGCUUGACCAUGAGGUGAAAAUCUCUCCCCGAGCCCUGCAGUGAAGCGCCAAGCUGGAAAGCAUAAGUGAGGACACAAUGAUUGCAGAACAGAACCAGGUGAACUUUCUCCCUCCUCUGCGAUCUGGAGAGUGGUCAUAUAUCGGAGCUCGCCCUUAUAUGGAAGAUACUCACAUCUGCAUUGGAGACUUGGGAGAGAAGUUUGGUUAUGAUGUAGUCAGCGAGGAAGUUGUUUCCUUUUAUGGGGUAUUUGACGGACAUGGAGGGAAGAGUGCUGCAGUGUUUGUCCGCGAUCAGCUUCCAAGAGUUAUUAUUGAGGAUGCUGAUUUUCCUGUGGAACUAGAGAAGGUGGUCACUAGGUCAUUUUUACGGACAGAUGCUGAAUUUGCAGAGACAUGCUCUCUUGGGUCUUCCUUGUCUUCUGGUACGACUGCAUUAACUGCGAUUAUUUUUGGGAGCUCUUUGCUUGUGGCCAAUGCUGGAGACUGCAGGGCUGUUUUGUCCAGACGUGGAAGGGCAAUAGAAAUGUCCAAAGAUCAUAAGCCAUUAUGCAUGAAAGAGAGGAAGAGAGUUGAGUCCCUCGGAGGAUUCAUCCGUGACGGUUAUCUGAAUGGCCAGUUAGGUGUCACACGGGCGAUAGGCGACUGGGAUCUCGAGGGCUUGAAGGAAAUGAGCGAAAGAGGAGGACCCUUGACUGCUGAGCCAGAACUCAAACGAAUCACACUGACCAAAGAAGAUGAGUUUUUGAUAAUUGGAAGUGAUGGAAUCUGGGAUGUUUUCAGCAACCAAAAUGCUGUAGAUUUUGCAAGGAGGAGGCUUCGAGAACACAAUGAUGUGAGACUAUGCUGUAAAGAGAUGGUGGAGGAAGCCAUAAACAGAGAUUCAACAGAUAAUUUAACAGUUGUGAUUGUGUGUUUUCACUCAGAACCACCACCACCACUGGUGGUUGAGAGGUCGAGAGUCAGAAGAAGCAUAUCUGCUGAGUGACUUCAGAAUCUCAAGUCCUCCUUAGGAGGAUAGAAUAUCUUUUUGGUCUGUGAUAUAGCUGAUAUAUAUAUAUAUAUAUUUUGGAGAUGUGAAUGUGUAAAACUAUGUUGUGGAGGUUA